AUGCGUCCCUCAUCUGCAUCUACUCCUUUAUCAUCUUCAGCAUUGAACUAUCUUGAAUCUCUCGAGAGGAACUCCAAAGCGUUGCGUGGCAACAAUAAUAAUCGAGCGGCGAAGGAUGAAACCAGUUUCAGCAGCAAAACAAAUUCCUCAUCUGGAAAAAGAAGAGAGUCUCUUUCGGAUAUUAUUAGUCAAGUUCGUCGGCAAUCGUCAUUAUCAAGAACAGAUUCUGAAGAUUAUGACUUUUUGAAUGAAUCCUUAAAGUCUUCAGUGUUUGAUGAAAGUGAUUCUAGUGAGGCUGAAAGUAAGGAGAGCCCUGAACAACCGGAAGAAAAACGAAUCCUGCCAUUAGGAACACCAGGUGUGCAAGUCGGUCGAAAAAGUCUGAAAGACAUCCGAGCUCUGCGUAACUCAAUUGAUCAAUCUCUGGUCAAAACUCCCGAACUCAAAACUCUCCGAAACAAGGCUGCAGUGGAUGAGGGGAAAAAACUAACGCACUUCGAAAGCAUUCAAGAAGAAGAAUUAUCCGAGGAGAUCCCAAAAACUAAAAUGCUCGCCAAGAGUCCGUUCAAAAAGGCAAUUCAAAGUGGAAGUGACAGUUCAGAUGGAGAUUCAAUUGUUUUUGAUGAAGUCUUCGAAGAGGUUCUUCCGUCUCCUCCAAGGAAGCCUCCAGUGAGAGCACAACCAGCUCCAGAAUCUAAAGUUCAGAAGACGAAAAAAGAGGAAUUAAAAAGGAGAGUGAAGACACCAGCAUCAUCCGAAUCUUCAACUUCGCCAUCCUCUUCUUCUGAAACGGAAUCUAGCACCGAUUCUAGCUCUUCAUCAUCAUCAGAAUCUUCCACUUCUAAAUUAAGUUCCAAGUAUGGAUCAGACUUUGAAUCAGUGAAGUCUUCUUCUUCUUCUUCCUCCUCAACGUCGUCUGAAGCUUCAACACCAAAAGCAUCACCAGAGAAGAAGCUAUCUACGGAAAAACCGCGGAAAUCAAAAGAAAAACCAAAAGAAGAUAGAAAGGAAUCUUCUCCAAGUCCUUUUGAAGAUGCCAUACCAAAACUCAACUCGUCGUCUGAAUCUUCUAAAUCGACAGUCAGAGAAACCAAUCGAACGUUUGAAGAGACAUUAAAUGUAGAUAACAAAAAAGAAGAUGAGAAGAGAAAGAAGUCCAAGGAAAGAAUUAUUGAAAGAAGGAAUUAUUUGGAGAAGGGGAUAAUUGAAAGAUUGAAGUCUCGAAGUUCCUCAUCUUCGUCUUCCUCGAAUGUUGGUGAAACUGAAAGAGAAAUUGAAAUUUCAAAAAGAAGAGAUAGACGAUUCAGAAGUCGAAGAAGAAACUCUGAAGAACCCCACACAUGCCAAACCAAUGUUCACAAUAUGGUUGAAUCCGUUAUAGACACUCAUGUUCAAAUGUUGGACGACUUCAAUCGAAUGGAGUAUGCAGCAGUUUGUGAAUGGACUCGAGUGCUUCGACAGUUCGAUCGACACGAUGGACCCACAUCACAACGUCUUCGAGAAAUCGUGGAACGUCGGCUGAACAGAAAAUAUUGA